UCUUAUCUUCUUUGCUCUUUUACAUUUGAUAAAAAAAUGACCAAUCCAACGGGCUUUUUACAUCCUCGACAAGAAAGUGGCCGUGGCCUAAACACCCAGGAAAGCGGCGAUGCCGGCCUCUCCUCCAAGAUGGAGCACAAAUUCACUGAUAAUUAUGAUAAAAGUGCUUUGCCUGCAGCAGAAAAAGGCAGCUCUGUGAUGCCCAUUUUUCAGGAGAAUCUCGACAUGUGUCAUUCCCCUGGAAGGCUCUACCAUGCUGCUAGUUCAGAGGCACCGCCUGUUUCUGCUGAAGGGGGAUUCACAAAAAUAACCAUUCUGCCUGUGGUUCAAAAAUUUCCACCCCAAACCCUAUCAGAGAUGAGCCCAGAAGAGGAAACAGUCAAGGUUUUACCCAGCGCUGCAGCCAUUUCUGAUGGGCAGCCACAUGUGGUGGUAGCAGAAGAAGGCCGCUCCAAGAUGAGCACCGGGCCAAAAUGUCCACCACUGGCUGCUGGACCAAGGAGAAUAUGGAGCCAUCGCAGGAGAAGAGCUGCUGGGAAGUACCAAAAAAUAUACCUUCUAUGUGCGAUGGCAUUCACACUUGUUCCUGGCGCUAAGGGCUUUCCUGCAGGAGGUACUCCACCUGCAGAAGACCAAAAGUCAAAGUGUCUUACCUGCAAGGACGAGGAGAUAUGCCCAAAGUUGAUGAACAUAUUUGAGCAUGAUUCAGACAAUCAUCUGUACCAUAGAGACCUCAAUGAAACGUUUCCAGAAUGCUCCGUAAUGUCCACACCUGUAAACAAGAGUUGCAAUGUGUGCCUUAACCAAUCCGGGAUCAUCAUCUUCUGCUCAGAGGAUGUUGGACCAACAAAGAUAGACCUGGAAGAUAGCGAUGGAUUACCCGUUGACCAUAUUCCUACAGACUGUGUACACCCCCGCACACAGGUUGUAUUGGUUGCACACACCCGCACACGGUUUGGAUUGAUUGCCCCCGCUGUCAUCUUUUUGAUCGUGGUGGGCGUUCUGGUGAUCAAGUGAGAAAGAGGUGAAGAACGCUGAAGGAGACAGCAGUGUGCAGUCCAAUGGCCAAACGAUUUCCUAUUUAUAAACACAGCUUUAGCUGCCACUUAGAAAAAUAGCUUCUGCUUUAGACUGAUAAAAGGGUUGCAACUCGUGAAUAUUUUCAUGAUUGAAUGAUCUGCUGGUUAUUUUUCUUGAUUGAUACAUAUAUUGGUUGGUCUAUAAAAUGUCCAAGAUUAUGUCAUCAAAUUGUUUGUUUUCGUCCGAACACACAACAUAUUGAGUUCAACUUUCAAGAUAAAGAAAAGCAGCAAAUCCUCACAACUGAUAAGCUUGAAGGGAGCCUUGGUGUAUUUUUUUAUUGAUAAUGACUUAAACAAUUAAUCAAUUAGAAAAAAUAACUGCAAAUAUCAUCUCCGUAGAUCAUCUAGUUGCUUAUUUGACAAUCAGCUUUUAGCUCUUCCUGCAGAUAAUGUUAGAUGCUAAUGUUGGCCGAAUGCAUAUACUGUAUGUACCUGCUGUCUUCAUUAAAAAUAACUUA